GACAGACAGUUGUGUACCGUAUGAUCUCACUUAAUCGCUUAAUAAAUCAAAUAUUAUACUGCGUAGCCUGUUUUGCCGUAGGCCUACAGCCAGCUGUUCCCUGGAAACGUCACAUAGGGGAGACAUCUGUCCCGUCGCUGUCGGAUGCUGAGACGCUCAACCAGCCUGUGGAUGCUUGAUGUCCGUUAUGAAACGCGAUGCUGCACUGGCGACAGAGCAUUAGGCACGGAGCUUUGGAGAGCAAAUGAAUUACAAGAAAUCAAUUUAGCUGCCAAAUACUCCCGUGGUGCGGACGGUUCAAGGUGGUCCUUUCUCCCCGGCCCUCUGCUUCCUGUCUUCUCUUGGCUUGUGGAUAACGAGUAGCCUUCAAGACGGAGGGGGUGGUGGAGCAUCGAGGGAAAAACAGGGGCAAUAUGAGAGAGCGGGACUUCAUGCCCAAUAUGGAGAGGGGCAAACCUGCCACUUACACGGGGGACAAAAAGGCUAAGAUGGCUGCUAAGACUAACAAGAAGUGGGUGAGAUUAGCCACUGUUUUUGCAUAUGUAUUGUCCGUGUCUUUAGCAGCCAUUAUCCUGGCAAUUUACUACAGCCUCAUCUGGAAACCAACCAGUGCAUCCUCAUCUGCGGGGAAGCCAGGAGUGCCCGAGGAGGUCACCCCCACCGCAAACAUCUCAACUAAUAUGUCCACCAGCAGCAAUGUCUCGGAGUGGAACUCUACACAGAGUGGACUGUUGUCUCUCAACCGCUCCAGGCAGGUGACCACCAGCCCGUACAGCCGUGCGUUUCAAUGGGACGACAGAGCCGACACCGCGGCCGUCCCCGGAGCAGACACCGCGCACCCGCAGCAGAAGGACGGACUGUACGCCGAGCGAUCGGACACGUUGGAGAGACAAACGCACGCGUCUCAGGACGGGAAGAGCACCGGGGAGUCUGAGGACGAGGAGGUGGAGGAGGAGGUGGAGAUGGAGGCGCGCAGACUGGGCGACGGGGCGACUGGAGAAAGCGACCCGGACCAGGCGGCCGCAGAUGCCGCCUCAACUCCAACAUCCGCGCCGAGCCGGGCCGGCCUGAGAGGAGACUGAUCGGGCCUCAUCCCCUAUCCGCCACGACCCCCCUCUCUCUCCCUCUCUCAUAAACUAACCCUUCAAGGAUUGUUUUCCAGAAUCAGUGCCGCGGGUCGGAUCACACACAGGUCUUCACUUUAAACUCAUUUCGCAGAGCCUCUCAUGGAUGCUAAACUGCACAUUUUUAACUGCCAUCUUUCUCUGAGAAGAGGAGACGUCGCUUCUUCGGUGAACACUGUUACCCCCCCUCCAACACUAACUAUGCGGUUUUUUUUUCCCGUUUUUAUUUGAGGCCAUCUGUAUGCCUUAAAUCAGUGUGUGUCUACUUUACCUCGGACAGUAACCUGCCUGUGGACAACACUGGUAUAGAUGUUUUGUUAAACUCGGGCUCGAGAGAUGCGUUUGGUUUUGCAGGACAUACAUAUUUCUCGCAGGCAUUCAGCGCUAAACAUCACUGCCAUUCAUCGGCUAGUCCAAAUCAAUACUGUAUUUUUGCAUUUUUAACAUAGGUUGUAUUGAUUAUUUCAUGGAUCAAAUCCGGAUUUGGAGUAGAAGAACCUGCAUUAUUGAGUUAUGCUCAGGUAUGUGCAUAUAACCAUGUAAAUGUAUUGUGUAUUUUGGUUAUGUACAUAUAGAGCAGGCAUACAUCUUUUGGGCCUAGAUGAACUUUUAGUGUAAUUAGAUGAUUUUUAUUAAAGGUACAGUAUGUAUAAAAGGUAUAACUCUAUCACAAGGUACAAAUAAACAUCCUUAGAAAAUGA